CGAGCGAGUUUUUGUCCUUGUCGAAAGAACGAAGUACGCAUUAUUCACUUGAUUUCUCUUCAAUACUAUUGUGUCAGUGAUUGAAAAUACAAGAGGACGAAGGUUUCACUCAGAAAAAUAAGGUCGUCGAUAAUUAGCAGCGGUGCAGAGCAGUGCAGAGUACAUUAGCGUUGUCCAACGACCGAGAAAGCCGCGAACGCGAACAACAAUGGAUGUAGGUUCGGAACAACGACAAUGAAAGAUGGUGGACAAGGAGGAACUGAAUAUAACGAAGGCGAAGAACCCGCCGCCGCCGUUGAAUCUCAGCGAGGCGAUCGAGGACGAAGUACUGAACCAAAAGACUGCUAGAAUUCUUAAGAAUGAUCUUCUCCUACACGAGGCUGUGAUAAAGAACGAAGCGGACGCCGUUCGCAAGGUGCUUAAGGAGACCGUCGACGUCGAUUCUAGAAACAACUAUGGCCGCGCUCCGAUACACUGGGCAGCGUCCAGAGGAAACACGGAGAUUAUCGAAAUACUGAUACAAGCCAAUUGCGACAUUGAGGCGAAGGAUAAGUAUGGAAUGCGGCCUUUACACAUGGCCGCUCGCCACGGACAUCGAGACGCGGUUAAGAUGCUGAUCAAUGCCGGUGCGAACGUAUCGGCAAUUAAUAAGAAACAAUACACCCUCUUAAUGUGUGGUGCCCGCGGUGGCAACGCAGGCGUGGUGGAAUAUCUCACCGAGGUUGUGGAAUCGUUAAAUGGCGAGGCCAUCGACUGCAUCGGUGCGACUGCACUUCAUCACGCGGCCAUCGCCGGUCAUCCCGGGGUGAUAGCAGCGAUCGCCAACAUCCCGCAGAUCGUGAUUGACGCCACGGACAAGAAAGGACAGACACCGUUACACUGUGCGUGUACCGAAGGACACUUGGAGGCGGUCGAGGUUCUUAUAGGAUUAGGCGCCGACGUAGACGCCCAGGAUAACGAGGGUAACACCCCGCUUCACGUGGCCACAAGAACGAGACACACGGGCAUUGCGCAAUUGUUAUUGAACGCACGAGCAAACACCGAGCUAAUCGACACGGAGGGUUUCACUCCUCUGCACGUAGCCGCGAGCCAAGGAUGUAAAGGGAUCCUCGACUCCAUGAUACAGCACGGAGCUGAUCUUAACAAGCAGUGCAAGAACGGUAACACGCCUCUGCAUCUGGCUUGCCAAAACAACGAAGUGGAAACGGUCGAGAUAUUAAUUAACAAAGGUGUCGAUCUCAACUGUUUGAAUCUGAGGCUUCAAUCGCCCAUACAUAUCGCAGCCGAGAUGGGACACACGGAUAUUUGCGAAUUACUUCUCGCGGCUGGCGCAAAUAUCGAGCAAAAAGAACAGAGCGGCCGAACGCCACUUUACAUCGCGGCGAGGGGCAGUUUCACGGCCAUCGUCGACAUGAUCAUCAAAACCGCAAGACUGGAUUAUCCGAUCCCGGAGAUCUCGAAUUCCGACAAGGAAGUUCGGGAAUUGACUCCGGCGCGAAGACGAUGGCGGGAAGGAUCACGGGGUGGCAGCGUCUCAAGCAACAACGGCCGUCUGUCCGAGCAGAUGCGGUCCAUUCUCUGGAAACUGGCCUACAAGCAAUUGGCACCCGGUGACUGGAAGAAGUUGGCUCUCCACUGGGCAUUCACCGUCGAUCAGAUCCGAGCGAUCGAGCAUCAAUACACGGUGCGACUAGAGCAGCUUUAUGAAAAGGACGAUAAAGCUCCAAUUAUAGGUCCUUCAAGCUACAAAGAGCACGGAUUUCGAAUGCUGAUGAUCUGGGCCACCGGAUUAAGUCCCGACGUAGUGCUGGUGAAGGAGCUUUGCGACGCGCUGUCAGCCGUGGACAAAAAAACAAUCGCUGAUUCCAUUCGGAAGCAGAUAGAGCAGGGAAACGACAGCAAAGCGAAAUCGAAAGGACAACGAUGUCACAAAUGCUCCGUCGUAUGAAGUGCCAACCGCGUGGCAUCCACAAAAACGUAAAUCCCAUACAUACGUACGGAGAUAUGUUUAUGUCGCAAUUAUAUGAUGUAUAUGUCGUAAAAGCUGCUGUUAGAAACUUACCUGUAGCGAGGAAAGUUCUCUGAAGACGUCGGCAAACGCGUAGAUUUAUGACGGUGAUGAAAAGCGCAUGUACGCGGUGUGUCGUAUAAACGACAUCAUUUCUAUCAUUGACAUUCAAUUCCUCGGAACGCAAACAACGAUGUAAAUUUAUGAAGUUGCAUAUGUAGGUGAUUUGUCAUAAACAAAACGUCUUUUCGAGGGAAUCAGAGAAUUUCGCGAUAACAUAUCGGAAUGCACAUCAGAGAUAAAUAUGGAUAUUCGACGAAGAUUUAUAUUUCAAGUUGUGUUGCGCGAAACAAAAAUACGAAUCUACAAAAGAAUCUCUUAGCUUGUAUUAAAAACAAACAAGAUAUUCGAAACGCAGAGCAUAUAUAUACAUUACAAAUAGCGUAUAUGCAACAGAAAAAAAAAAAAAGAGAUACUCGAACAUACGUACGAAAACCAAACCGUCCCAAGCUGAUCUGAAUUUAGGCAAUUGUCACGAUAUUCCGUACUUCUUUUCUUUUAUAGAAAAAUAUCAUAUCCGUAGAAAUUGGGGACAGUACACUUUAACAGAAAUCAUCAAAUAAACAAGCGAUGCAAUUGUAAAAUCAAAGUAACAAUCGAACGUAGAGACUACGAAGUAAAAAGUAAAUAAUAACAGAGUCUAGAGUAAAUAAACGUGUAACAUUUUGCAGGGCUUUUGAUGUGUGAUAAAGUUAUAAAAUUUUUCGAGAUAAAAAGAAAAAAAUACAUAAUAAAAUCGAUAGAGCGACUAUAGCACGGUUCUCGAGAGACAAUCCACAUAUCUAAAUAAUUAACAUAUCUAGAUAUCUACCCUUACGAGUGAUACGUGACUUUAUUUUGUGACUUUAUUUUGUGUCGCAAUGUGUGUAGUUUGUAAUUAAAAAAAAAAAAAAAAAUCAUUAAGUUUUUGAUUGCGUAAAAUCGAAAUGUCAAUCGAAAAAAAAAUCAAUUUUUUAUUACAUAUAUUUAACUUAUAUAAUUUUAUAACGUCGAAAUAAAUAUAUCAUAUCACUAAACGAUAUUUGUAAAGAAUGAAUAAGAAAUACUUUUCGCAUUUUCGUUUGCAUUUGUUCGCACCCUUCCAAUUAUUGACGAAGGGUGAGGAUCAAGAGAAAAAAAAUGUACAUACUAUAAAUAAGUCAAUAUUCUCUUGCUCGAGAGGAUAUUUUUGCAUUUAAGCACAAAAAAAAAACAAAACAGAACAAUUUUAAAUAAUGUCUCACUUCUGACGCUUAAAAACGGAAAUAUCCCCUUAACGAAAAUCAUAAGCUUCCGAAACUGAUUACCGAAAGUAUGGAUUUUUCAACAAAUGUGCAUAUCUCAUCUUGA